AUGGGCGAUGGGACGGGGAUAAGUCGGGAGGUUUCCAUUCAGAUAAUGGAAAUAAAUAGAGGACUGUCGUCACCAAUUCUUGGCGAGCAAUGCAAGGCAGUGGCCGAGUUUCCGCGCAUUCUUGAACACUACCCAUUUCCUGUCGUAAUUAAUUCCCUCUUCCUCAAAAUUACUGAGCUUUUUUGUAGCGGAACCAAUUCUAUACGAAUGUGCAUAUUGCAAUCGUGCAGUGAGUGUCGCUGCCAGUUGCUCAAACUGACGAUAUCUGAUGACAUCGUUCGGAAGCUCAUUCCGCUCGAUAGCAGCAGUGAUCCUAAUACCAGAGCUCUGAAUCUGAAGUAUGAUUUUUUCGUUUUCAUUGUUAGCCUCUUUGGUGUAUUAAGUGGUAUUGUGAAGGACAAUGUUAGCGUACACCAUAUCGUUAUGUCAAGGCUUGAGUCACAUUAUGAGGUUGAGUUAAACGCCGCCGUCUCGGUCGCUUAUGAUUUUGCCUCCAUAUCGAAAGCGUUUGCCAUAAGCCUAUGUCCUAUCUUGUGUGACUUAUUAAAGAAAGUUACCACUACUACUGAUAAUAAAUUGAAGUUGAUACCUCUUGGCGAGUAUGUCUACCAUGAUAUGACUUGUCUUCCCGAGAUGCGAGAUUGUUUGAAAAAUCUUCUUAGGUCUCAUAAGGUCGCCGGAUUUGUGACAGUCAUAUGUGACACUUUAACGAAGCUGGAAAUCCAUUCUCCCGUCUGUACUUCUAAUCAUAUUGAGCUUAUAUUAAGCUAUUUCGACGCCAGCGCAGACACCGAGGUGAGAGCAAAUCUCCUCUCCAAUUUGUCGAGCCUAGCGGACAGACUUCCAAAUCAGUGGACUCAGUCUCAUAUUUCACAUUUAUGUAGAGUCUUUUCCAGCAUUUCCGCGACAAACGAAGAAAAAGAGGUGAUUCUCAUGAUAUUUUAUCGUUUAACUUCGUCUCUCAACUAUGAUGUACUUUAUGGCGACGCUAAGGAAUCAGACGGUGUCAGUGUUAGUGCGUGCUUGACACAGGCCCUUUGCUGUGAGCCGUCUCCGUUAUCUUCACUUUUACCAAACGCUCUCGCGUUGGCUUGUAAGAUCGCUCGAUGUGGUAAAACCGAUGAAGCGUUUAAUGCGGAAUUCGUUGCCUCGAUGCUCGUCGCAUCUCUUGCUCCGGCCAGUCGAGUAAACGAACAAUCUGACCGCACCCGCUCCUGGAUACUGAGUGAUUCCGGGCCUCCUUUUCUUGCGCUUAAGCUUCUUUAUUUUGAACUCCUCAAGUUCAUCGAAACUUUCCCCUCCUUUAUCUGUAUCAUCGACCGUAUCGAAUUCUUUAAAGAAGUUCAUAUGAGUGGUGAUCCCCGGAUGGCUCUGCUGUGUCAGUUCCUUGGUCGUGUUUGCGUUACCAACCUUCUCUGGCUACCUGAGUUACCGGUUCUUUUGGGGCAGUUGAAGGCUACCCGUAUGCCACUCUCUCCCGAGGGCACUCCUGACAAUCUUCUUCAGGUCUGUGUGCUCGUCUUCAUAGUAGCCAAUGGAUGUCCUUUGCUAAAGGAACAACAGCUUGAUCUCCUCACUACUCUGGCUCAAGCUAUCGAUAGUGCUUAUGGGGUCGAUCCAACGGAAGCGAAGUCGAUUGCAUUGGAUCCAUGGAUUGUCUAUCAACUCGCAUGUAAGGCUAGCUUGUACAGGCAACCACGCUUCGCUGCUCACCUGUUUGAACAACUAGCUUCACUGACCGUUACUUUGAAGAACACUUACUGGCUUCGUGGCCUGGCUAUGUUGAAUCGCGCUCAAGCAGAUCUCUAUGACGCUGCUUGUGAUCUGCCCCAAAGCGGUAAUUGGGUACCGAAGCUCUCUGCAGCAAUAAGCUCAGCGUCGAGUGCCAUGUUGAGGGCACAUCAUUUAUUCCUGGCAGUGGACGGGCAAACUGCACAUCGUUUCCAAACGGCCUACACGGAGAUACGUGCUGAGUUGCUGGCGUGCCUUGCUAGAACAUGUGACGAGGCCUUCCAAGCGGGCGCUUUCUCGCCGUCUGGCGUCUGCACCCGGUGGCAGCAUCUACGCCAAAUAAAUUUUUUCAAACUCGAGGAUGUUAAUUUGUCAGAGGCUCAUCCCCUGAAGUCGCUAGGUUCCUUGCUGUCGAUGUGGAAAAACCUCGAUAAAAGGGUGUGUGCCCUCAUUCAACAGUGCGUGGAUGCUGAUCCUUCAACUUUGCGCCAUUUGAAUGGUAUAUUGGACCUCAUUCGCAUUUUCGUCCAAGCUUUAGAAGAAUGUGGACCUGGCACAUCGGAAGAUGGGAUACCCGUGCGUGCCGAUCCAAAGGAUCUGGUUUCCGCAGCAUCCCAUGAUAGCUUUGAGACAGCGGCGGCAGUCUUGCGCCGUCACCUCUCUGUUGCAUCACCCUCCCCACAACUUUUAAUCCACAUGUUGACUCUUCUGGUGUCCAUGACACCUUCCAGUCUGCCCACCUUCUUUUUCGUUCGAAAACAAUUCACUCAAAUAUAUCUGGUUCUUAUCCCCUCUACCAACAAUGCUGACCCUCUCACAUUGCCUCCGGGUGCUUCUCAUGUGCUCCAGGUGAUGGGUGUUGUGACACAAAGGCAAAUGAAAAGCCGGUGCAAACCCCUACGAGCAGUAACUGGAGUCAGUCUAAUUCUCACCCUUCACCGCCAACAGGCUAAUAAAUGUAAGUCGCGCGAGGUCUUAAUCACGAAACUCCUCCCCGUCAGCGGUGACUUCUUCACGGGAGAGUUCUGUUUGAGCUUACCGACUAAGACCGAAGCGUGUCGAAUCACUGUUGAAGCGACUCUGAUCGAUGAACAGCAGAGAAGGUGGCGGCUGGGCAAGGAGGCUGGCGCGAUGGCCUUCCUGAACAUCCGUCUGGAGAAUGUUGCUGGUAGUAGCAGUGUGGGAGACCCACAGGGGACCUUCGAUGACUUCGGCCUACCACUGUCAGUCCAGGUGGAAAGGAUUCUUGGAACCACAAUUUCAUCAUGA